GGUCGUGUCGGCUUCUACCACACAGCCAUUAAACUAUUGAAAAAGCAUAUUUUUCACGUUAGGUUGGGGAAUUUGAGUUCAUCAUGUCGUCCCAUUUGCAGUGGAUGGUCAUCAGGAACUGCUCCAGCUUUCUCAUCAAGAGGAAUGGACAGACAUACAGCACCGAGCCUAACAACCUGAAGGCUAGGAACUCCUACCGCUUCAACGGGCUGGUGCACAAGAAGACUGUAGGUGUGCAGCCAGCUGCUGAUGGCAAAGGUGUGGUUGUCGUCCUCAAGAAGCGUAAAGGUCAGCACAAGCCCGUCAAUUCUUACGAGAAGAUCACCAUCAACAAGAACUCCCGUGCCACUCUCAGCAGCCUGAGGCACAUCAUUAGCAAGAACAAGUACAGGAAGGACCUGCGCAUGGCUGCCCUGCGUCGUGCCAGUGCCAUUUUGAAGAGCCAGAAGCCCGUCGUGGUCAAAAAGAAGCGCACCAGGGCUACAAAGACUGCAUAAAGUGAUAUGCAGAAUUACAAAUAAAGGCUUUGUGUUUGGGGGAAAA